UUCUCCUUCUGCCUCUUUUCCUGAGCUGCUUCUUCUCAUCACACGCCUUCAGGGUUUCUUAACUGCAAAGGAAGAGUCAAGCCUCUUAGGGAAGAUGGAAAACACCCAUGUAGGGUAACAUUUUCCACCAACUAGAAGAGGUCCUGGGAUAACCAACCCCACCAGAUCCAGAAAGCGGGAUAGAAUGGAGGGCGCAGGGCCCUGGGGGUGGCCAUGCCUACUGCUGCUGCUCAGGGUCUCAGGAUUCCAAGCUGUAGACGAAGAGGAGAAACAAAUAUACCUACAAGAAGGAAGAAAUCUGACCGUGUCCUGUGUUUACAACAUCAUGCUCUUCUCCUCCAGCCUGAAGGCUUGGCAGCGGGUGGAGAGCCAGGGUCCUCCAGAGACUCUGGUGCACACGAGUACUAGAAACCUAAGCCUUAACCAGGCCUGGGCCGGGAGAUACCUGCUGGAGGAUAGACCCAGUGAUGCCAUAAUGAUGGUCACCAUCACAGAGCUCCAGCCUCAGGACUUGGGGCUGUACCAGUGUGUCAUUUACCUGUUGCCUCAGAACUUUCAUCUUCUGCUUCCUCGGAUACGGCUGACACAAUACAAAGGGGGCACCGCCAGUUCUCACCAUCUUUUAUUGGAAAGCCUGGUUAUCCAUGUGGGGAGGCCAAGUGAGGAUGGUAGAGCCCCGUGCAUCUGCCUCGAGCUUCUCAAAAAACCUCCUUUUGCACCAGCAAGUUGGGGAGGCGUCCACCACGUAGGACUCCGCUUGUCUGCUUCCUGCUGACCCGAAUAUGUGACCAUCAGGACUUGGCUGGGCUUAACUUGAACUUUACAGUAUCUGAAAAUAAAGACCAAGCAAAAUGACAGUGUCAUAGGCAGGACUGUAGGGAAGCUACUGAACCCACAUAACAUAACUCAAUCAUUCCUCCAUACUUUAGAAACAUCCAGAAAUGGAUGUUUCUGGUUACAAAGGAUCUAUGCAGUCAGUUAAACAGCACCACCACCCUCUAGUCAGGAAUGUUCUAUUAAUCAGACUAUGUAUCUAUACACUGUGAAAGUCCUAAAACCAUAGUGCUUUACAGAGGUAAGCAGGGCUGUCACAGGGUAAUGGGAAGUGCUCUGGCCUAGGUUUCCAUUCCCUUUCUACCCGGAGCACACUCAGUGACUUUGAGGAAGUCCCUCACCCUCUUCUAGGCUUUCCCCACUGUGACAUUCAAUGGCUACAGUUCUCUGGGUUCCUCUGAGUUUAUUUACUGAGUUCAGAGAAACAAAGGCCUUAUAUUUUGCAUUUGGCAAAACUGGUCCACUCCAGGCAUGGGUAGACAGCUUGGGCCCACCAGAUCUGAAUCCAUCACUCAAUAGUUGCCUGGCUCUUUAACUCAAAUCUUAAUAAAGACAACAAGAAAAGUAACUGAGGACAGCCUAUACUAUUGCAGGAGAACUGUGUAUGUAAUUAUUUUCAUCAAACUACAAAUAACAGGCAGCAGAAUUUUGACAGAAGCUUCGUAUUGCUUCUCUCUAGUAACUGAAGAAAACUUUAGGCAAAUGUGGCUAAGGGAACUGAGUCUAGUACAGAUUGUUCCUGCCUGAAGGAAUUAGUGGUUAUAUGGGGAAACAAGAAUAUAGUCCUCUGCAAAGGAUACUUGCCAUAAUUACUGAGGCUGUGUAGACAGGAAAGAGCAGUCAGGAAAACAGUGAAUGGAGAAGGUUUCAUUCUGGGGUGUUGGGCCUGCCUGGUGAUAAAUGGAUCCUUUUUAAUUUUCCCUUCACUUUUCCAAGUGGGGAAGGGCAUGGCAGUGCUGGACCACAGAGAGAGACUUAUAUUUGGAGGUGAGGGAUGUUGUUCACCCAACCCCACUGUAGGAAGAGAGGAUUGAAAUGGGGACUUAAGGGAAGAGAAGGUACACUGUGGAAGACAGGAGAAAGGUUCCCUGCUUACUGCACAAGCUCCAUGAUGGGUGAGAAGCAAGAACAUAGGGCCCUGUUGUGGCAUGAUGAAUGGGCCAUUUGACUGUGGUAGGCUGUGUGGAAAAUUAGGCCAGGCUCUGAAGGCUGAGACCAGCAAGACAGCAAAGAAACACACAGGAGUGGAGUCAGGAGACAUGAGUCCCAGUGCUGGCUCUGCUGCUGUCUAUCGAGUGACCUUGGGCAGUCCUUGUCCACCCUGUUCCUUGGAGGUUUGGACUGGAUGGUGUUGAAUGCUCCUUCUUCCUUUGACCUUCUGGGAUCCUGUGAACCUUUCUCCCAUUAACAGAGUACAGGCCCAUGAUAAUGAACUUAGAAGAGGGCUGUUCAGUGUGUAGGAGAGGAAAAAUUGUUCCAAACAUCUUGGAUGUCCCUCUCCUGCUCAGAUUAAGUCAGCCAGUUUGAGCAGGCAGCCUGGCAAGCUCAGGGUAUGCUAUCCCAUCUUCGUCAAGCAUAAUCCAGGCACCUAGUAGGAGCCCAGUGGGAGCUGAGGUCCUAAAGAGCUUUUU